AUCCGGAAGCCGCGGGUGAAGCGGCCAUUGUGCGGAGUGUGAGCCCGAGUGUAGGGGCGCGCUGCGGCACCGUUUUUUAACGGUGGACGAGGGAACGGCGUGGGCGCACAAUUCAGAAACAACCUUCGAUUUUUAAAAAAAAAGUUUCGCCUACUUUCCUUUUGAAAAAGAUCGUAAAGAUUCACACAGACACAAAUGUCAGACUUUGACGAAUUCGAGAAACAGUUGCACGAGAACCGACAAGAGCGGGAAAAGGAACGACACAAAAAGAAAAGUCGAAGCAUUUCCAGAAGCCGAAGCAGGGAUAAAAAGCGGAGAAGUCGAAGCAGGGAUAAACGCAGCAGAAGUCGAGGCGGACGAAGCAGAAGCAGAGAUAAACGAAGCGGAUCACGAGAGCGGAAGCGUCACAGUCGGUCUCCCCGUCGGUCUCGCAGAAAGAAGCCCUACAGAUACUGGGAUGUGCCUCCUCCAGGUUUUGAGCACAUCACCCCAAUGCAGUACAAAGCAAUGCAAGCUGCAGGUCAGAUUCCUGCCACAGCGCUUUUAGCGACUUCCACAGUAGGUGGUGUGACUAUCACACCAACGCAAGUUCCAAUCAUUGGUAGCCAAAUGACCAGGCAAGCCAGGCGACUGUAUGUUGGGAACAUACCUUUUGGUGUCACAGAGGAAGCCAUGGCAGAUUUCUUCAAUGCUCAGAUGCGCCUUGCUGGGUUGUCACAGGCUCCAGGGAACCCUGUAUUGGCUGUGCAAAUCAACCAAGAUAAGAACUUUGCUUUUCUAGAGUUCCGUUCAGUUGAUGAAACUACACAAGCCAUGGCAUUCGAUGGCAUCAUCUUCCAGGGUCAGUCUUUGAAGAUCCGACGUCCUCACGAUUACCAACCUCUGCCAGGCAUGUCUGAGCAACCUUCUUUCCAUGUUCCAGGUCCGUCAAAAAAUGCAACAUCUGUGUGCUGGACUUCCUUUGCAGGUGUUGUCUCCACAGUCGUUCCGGAUUCUCCACACAAGCUUUUCAUUGGCGGUUUGCCCAAUUACCUCAAUGAUGAUCAGGUGAAAGAACUUCUGACUUCAUUUGGCCCUCUGAAAGCUUUUAACCUAGUGAAGGACAGUGCAACAUCUCUGUCCAAAGGCUAUGCCUUCUGUGAAUAUGUGGAUGUCAAUGUUACUGAUCAGGCCAUCGCAGGGUUGAAUGGAAUGCAGCUUGGUGAUAAGAAGCUUAUAGUGCAGAGAGCCAGUGUUGGUGCGAAGAAUGCCAAUCCGAGUGCCAUUAUUCAAACACCAGUUACUGUGCAGGUGCCAGGCCUUCCAUCAAUGCAAGCUCAGAACACAGGGCUUCCAACUGAUGUGCUGUGCCUGUUAAACAUGGUGUCACCAGAUGAACUCAUUGAUGACGAGGAAUAUGAAGAAAUUCUGGAGGACAUCAGAGAAGAGUGUAGCAAAUAUGGAACUGUGAAAUCUAUUGAAAUCCCACGACCACUGGACGGACUAGAAGUGCCUGGCUGUGGCAAGAUAUUUGUAGAAUUCAUCUCUCCUCUAGACUGCCAAAAAGCAAUGCAAGCACUAACAGGCCGAAAGUUUGCCAACAGAGUCGUAGUUACCAAGUACUAUGACCCAGAAUUGUAUCACAGACGUGACUUCUAACAACACAUACCAGAUGCAGCCAACUUGCUGUCUGCAUUUAUGACUAAAAAGCUUUGUUUAUAGCAAUGACUAGAUUUGUAUAAAACAGCACAGACUUGGGUCAGUUUGUAGUAGUCAAAUUCAGUUUAUUUUUAGCACGGCUGUCUUGAUGUUGUAAGUGAUCUGAAUGAUUUUGGGUAAAGAUCCAUGUUUCAGGAGUUGUGAUAGCAAGAGCCUUGUAAAUUGAAUUGUAUCUUUUUUAUAGUGUUGGGCAACAUUUUUUUCAGCUUACAGAGCAAAGUUGUGUACGGACUGUUUCUGCCAGUCUAGUGAAACUGGUAUGAGCACUAUACCUGGUUUCAGCCAAUAAACUUUAAAAUCAAAAAAUUGGUUUUACUGGUUGUACAUCAUAGCGGAGGUAUCUGGACCAGUAACAAUUGCUUCCUCCUCGGGCUUUGUGUUUCAGCUCUCUUUGUUGUCGUUGUCAUGAUUGUAAUUAAGCAAGCGGUUUCGUUGAAAUGUUCCAUCUGAUGGUCGUGCUACUUUUCAAAGUGCUGGGCGGCAAAUGAUCUGGCUUCUUCAAUUCUGGAGCGACUGUAUACACAGACAGUAUUUAUUAAUUAUUACAGGACUAGCUCUAAAGCUAGUUUGUACUAUAAAGAUGUGGAGGCAACUUUAAUUCUGUUUCAAAAGCAAAUUUGCAGUUCCAGAAAUACAAUUGUACACAAACUGUUUCUUUUUUGCAUUGUCUGUAUAUCUGUAAACUACUUUUAUACAAAGAAAUGAUUCACAGCUUUGCUACACAAUGGGAGGGAGAUUUCUCUUAUCUAUGGUUUAUAAAUGUGAGAAUAGAUGAAGUUACAACUAUAAUUAAUACAAUUGCAAACAAGGAAAGUAUCCAGUAAAAUGUAGGCAGUGAAGGAUUAAUGUGGAAAGCAACUGUGUAAAAAAAUGCUAAUCUAUCUUUGCAGAUACAAUAUAAUUUAGCAAAAAAAACUAUAACCCAAUUCAACAGCAGCAAUGGGAUAAAUGUUUGUUCAAUGCCAUGUAGAGGUGGAUAUUUGCACAGGUUUUGUUAAUAGAGUGGUUCUCAACUGGUGGGAAUUCUGAAUUUGUCAUCUUAUUUCACUUAAAGCAUUUAUGGAUACAUGACCAAUCUGCCACUGGCAGCUGAGCUGUUAUUUACAUCAGCCUGGCAACAGCAAUACAAAUACUAAGUAAUACAAAAUUAAACAAGUAGAACCAAAGAAUAUUUAUUCUCACAAAUUGGAUUAUCUUUUGCAUCCAGUUAUCUGUACUGCUCUUGGAAGUAUUUGGAAUAUUACAAUGAAAAUUACAGCACAGAAACCUCUUUCAAUCCAGCUAGUCUGAGUUGGUGUUUCCCCUUCUCACAAUUGAUUCCUAUCCAUUGUGGCUCAUUUUCCUUCAGACUGUAUUAAUCAAUUCUUGAAAUUGACAAGUGGGCAAUCUUAUGUAAUUACUAACUGGGAAAAAAUGCAAGUAAAGAAUUGGUAAGUUCUGCUAAGUGGCAUGACAUCUUGCUACUUUUGCUUUUUACACUACACUCAAGUGAUGUUUAGCACUAAGGUGAUAAAUAUGGAAAUCUAUCCUGUGGUUUCUGCUUUUAAAUGCUCAUUCUGGGGAUAAGUUUUACUUGUCUGUUUCAAAGAAACUGUCCUCUCGUUCCAUCAUUUGCAGAGGCAAUUUUUGUCUCAUUCCUUCAAAAUUUUAAACGUGUAAAAUCAUACCAUAAACUCUUGUAUUUGUGAGUCUUUACUAUUUCUAUUUUCUCCUACUAGGGACAGUAAUGCCUCAACACCCUUUCUAUAAUGUAAAUUCAGAACUGUAUCUACUCCCAGCUGUGAAUUUUAAAUGAGUUUAUAUAGAUUUACCAUUAUUCAACCUUUUAUAUUCUACAUCUCUUGACACAAAAUACUGUUAUUGGUCAUUUUUUAAUGGCCUUAUUCACACACAACUACUAAUUGAGCAGUUUUGGUCAGGACACAAUCAGCAGCACAAAUAAUGUCAUAUGGUCAAUAUCAUAUUGCUGUUUGUGAGAUUUUGCUUGACACAAAUUCACUGCUGCAUUCCAACAAAUGACCACACUUCAAAAAGGUAUUUUAGCUAUAAAGUGCUUUGAGAAGUCACAUGUUUUUGAAAGUCUUUCUUUAGUAUCUUAGGAACUUUACCCUUCAAUAUUGUUCCACAUCACCAAUCUUUCAUUAUUCAAAGUCUAACUUUUUAAACCAAAAUAUAUUUUUGUUUCUGAUGAAUGAAAUUAGUAAAUGAUGAGACAAAGGAACUAUGGCAUAAAGAGAAAGCAGGUUUGACAAUUGAAAUCUGAGAGUAGGUGUCAUUGUCUUGAACCUGACUGAAGGUUUGAAUAGAAUCUGCAGUAGGAGGAGUUCACAAGGUGAAGGCUAGGGAUUGGCUGUUCAUUGAUUCGCGAUGUGGAAAUUAACCAACGCUAUAUACACAAACUAGCUUUGAUGAAUUUUAAGUGCAAAGGGUAAUGUUAAAGUUUCAGAAACUGGAAACUCACUCAAUUGAAACUGUGAAUAAUUACAUUCCUUUUCUGCCUUCACCCCCCCGCCACCCACUUCUUGCAAACAAUAGGAAAAUGAGCAAAAGUUAAUUUUGAUGCUAUAGAAUUAAUUUAAACCUGUUGCCAUGUUUUUCCCAGCAAGUUCCCAUUUUUAAUUAGGUAUUUAUAUUUUUUUAAAAACAUGAAUUACAUUUAAGCAGAACCUUUCUCCAGUUUUCUGACAAGCAGCAGGAUGCUGAAAAUCAUGGCCUGUGAUGAAGAUAACCAAGCAAAAUGUUGUGAGGUGGCAUCUCCCACUACAAUUCCAACUGCAGACUUUCUUGAAACCAUCUGUUCUUUUCAAGUGAAAAAGGAGAAAGCUUGUUCUGCAGCUAUGGAAGGAAAGAGGGUCAGAUUUUUGUUUGGAGGGUGGAACUGGGUUCAGCAAAAAUUGAGAGCAAGUAUCCAUUCAUUUCUUGAAAUGACCACUCCUUUAACAGCAAGUGAAACAUGAGUGAAUGAGAUAUGCUUUGGUGAAAUCCAGUUUAGAAAUAUGACAUACACUCAAAUAUUGCCAAGUUGAAGCUAAUUUGGGUCAUGCCUUCAAAAUUAACUAAUUUGUUUCUCAUGCACAUUUUUGUUUUACUGUGUAAAUGUAGAUUGUGAUUCUAAAUGUACAAACUACAGCAUAAUCUGUGACAGACGAAGGUAAGUGAAAUUAAGUCAACAAAUACUUGCAGCAUAUUCAAUAAUGAUUUAUGUUGAAUGAAAAGAUAAACUAAUGGUAACAUCACCACUCAAGGUGAUUUUCAAUCUCUGUUUGAUUGCUGUAUUUGAGAAUAGUACUUUUGAGUUCCCACAGUUCACCAAAGCAUUUCACUGACCAAUUUUCAUCCAGAUUGCCAUAGUCUUAAAUGUGUACAUUUGUGUAUUCUGUGUGCUUUCUUUUCUCUCUUGAGUUGCACGUGACAGAAUUAAUGGCAAUGCUGGUGUUGGACCUGUAUUGUUUCUGGUUGAUCCUUUAAUCACUAUAUAAACAUCAGGAAAAUGCUUCAUAUCACUCUGAUGCAUGUAUGUACCAUAACAAUCUUGUGUUAAGAAACGUUAGUGCUCACCAAAAAUACUGAAUUUGUACAUAAUUAAAACCUUGUUUGGAUUACUUA